CUCCCAGCCAUCACAGCAAGAAGUUGCCUCUCGCUGAUCGAUACACGUAGACAAGAACACUAUGCCGCGCAAGAGCACCAUGUCCUCCCUUUUCUUCCUCGUUGCGCUGCUGCUCUCAUGCAGCUCCAUGAGCAGCGCAGCACGGUACCUAGAGGAGGCUGUGCCCAAGGAGUAUCCACCACAUCCGAUCGUCCCGGAACAGCCAAAGCCGGAACUUCCACCGCACCCUGCCAUGCCCGAGCUGCCGAAGCCUGAACUACCGCGCCCUCUCGUUCCCGAAGUGCCACACCCCGUGGCGCCGGAGACACCAAAGGAGCCUGAAGUGCCACACCCCGUGGUGCCGGAGACACCAAAGGAGCCUGAACUGCCGCACCCCGUGGUGCCGGAGGUGCCAAAGCAUGAGCUGCCGCCGCACCCUGCUAUGUCUGAGCUCCCGAAGCCUGAACUACCGCAUCCGGCUGUGCCACAGACGCCAAAGGAGCCUGAAGUGCCACAUCCCGUGGUGCCCGAGGUGUCAAAGCAUGAGCCACUGCCGCACCCUGCUAUGCCCGAGCUCCCAAAGCUUGAACUACCACAUCCGGUUAUGCCUGAGGUGGCAAAGGAGCCGGAAGUGCCACACACUGUCGUACCGGAGGUGCCAAAGGAGCACGAGCUGCCGCACCCUGCCUUGCCAGAGUUGCCGAAGCCUGAAAUGCCACACCAUGCCGUGCCAGAGGUACCAAAGGAGCCCCAUGUGCCGCACCCUGAGGUACCAGAAGUCGCAAAGGAGCCCGAGUUACCGCAUCCUACUGUGCCAGAGGUCCCGAAGCACGAAAUGCCGCCGUUCCCCAAAGCCGAGCUGCCCCCGAAGCCCGAGUUUCAUUUUCCGGAGCCAGAGGCCAAGCCAUGAUCGGAGCUGCACCCGCGUAGUGCCGUUAUCUAAGUAUUAUUAAACUAUAUACUAUAUGUGUGUGUGAUUGUUUUAUUAUACAUGUGCGUGCGUGCGUGCGUGGUACAUGUCGUUUAGAGCAUGCACUCUAGUUCCGGACGGCAGCGUUAUGUUUGAGUGGUGUUGCAUGGUGCAGCUGCUCAAUUUGUUCCCUACUUCCCUUUACGUACACGCAGAUGUAUAUGAUAUAUGUACAUGAAUAAUUAUGUUUUCGUGUUUGGAGUUUUUAUA